CGCGAGGCUAACCUGCGGCCCUUGAAACCACCCCGCUCUUUUGUUCCCUCGUUCUCGCGAUCUUGCUCCUAGUUGAGAGGCCGUCUAAACCGCUAGAGACUCUCGACAGACUUCUACCUCAUAUCAUUGCGACGAAAAUAUUUUGAAAAAAUGAGUGACGAGACUGGUGCAGUUGCCGAUGCCGGUGAGCGGGUUGCUAUUGGUAUCGCCUUUGGCAAUUCCAGCAGCUCCAUCGCUUUCACUACAUCUGACGGAAAAGCAGAGGUGAUUGCCAACGAAGAAGGAGACCGUCAAAUCCCCUCAAUCCUUUCUUAUGUCGACAAGGAAGAGUUCCAUGGCACGCAAGCAAAGGCGCAACUUAUUCGCAACUCCAAGAACACCGUCGCCUAUUUCCGGGACUACCUCGGAAAGGAUUUCAAGUCAAUAGACCCUACACCGUCACAUCAGUCGGCCCACCCUCAGCAGAUCGAUUCCACAGUGGCAUUCUCAGUUCAUGAUACAGAUUCUGAAGCCCCCAGCACUGUCACCGUUUCCGAAGUUACAACCCGCCACUUUCGUCGCUUGAAGCAGUCUGCGUCUGAUUUCUUGGGAAAAACCGUCAAUGCAGCAGUGAUCACAGUUCCCACAAACUUUUCCGACUCACAGCGUGAGGCAUUGAUUGCGGCUGCCAAAAACGCCGAUAUCGAGGUUUUGCAAUUGAUCCACGAACCCGCUGCCGCCUUGUUGGCAUAUGAUGCCAGGCCUGAGGCUGUUGUGGAAGACAAACUGGUCGUUGUCGCCGAUCUCGGCGGCAUCCGCUCAGACGUGGCAGUGGUGGCUUCCAGGGGUGGCAUGUAUACCAUUUUGGCCACGGUUCAUGAUUACGAAUUGGGAGGUGCCAAUCUCGACCAAGUUGUCAUCGAUUACUUUGCAAAGGAAUUUAUCAAGAAACACAAGGUUGACCCCCGCGAAGACCCCCGCGGGCUGGCUAAAUUAAAAGCUGAAGGAGAAGCAACGAAGAAGGCUCUGAGCAUCGGCACCAACGCUACUUUGAGCAUUGAAAGUCUCACCAACGGCAUUGACUACGGCUCUACUAUUAACCGUACAAGAUAUGAACUUCUCGCCGGCAAGGUUUUCUCCCAAUUCACCAGCUUGAUUCAGUCAGCAGUGAAGAAGGCCGAGCUUGACAUUCUGGACAUUGACGAAGUUAUUUUGGCUGGUGGUACUUCCCAUACACCAAAGAUUGCCCGCCUGCUCGAAAGCGUCUUCCCUGAAAAGACCACGAUUCUUGCUCCUGCGACUUCCCCAACCGCCAUCAACCCCUCCGAGCUUGCUGCCCGUGGAGCCGCAUACCAAGCUUCCUUGAUCCAGGAGUUUGACGCAGAAGAUAUCGAGCAGUCGAUUCACCCGAUGGUUACCGUCACACCGCACCUGAGUAGUGCAAUUGGCGUGCAACUAGUGUCUGCUGCCGAAGACGCCGUUUUCCGUCCUCUAGUCAUUAACCGAACCGCCCUCCCUGCCCGACGCGUCGCACAAUACCUCGCCCCCAAGGAAGGCGGCGAUGUUCUUGUCCGUAUUACCGAAGGCGUGCGUGAUAUCAAGGUCACCAAACCCGAGCCUAUUGUCAAGGACAAGAAGGAGCAGGAGGAGGAGGACUCAGACGAAGACUUCACCUCGGACGAAGAAGAAGAAGAGGAUAUCAGGGAAGUUGUGUGGAAAGCCACAAAACCCAUUGCCGAGGUCGCCAUCAAGGGUGUCAAGGCCGGUGGUAAAAUUGAGGUUACAAUCAACAUCAACUCAGAUCUCGGAGCUCAAAUCACCGCCCGAGAAGUCGGCGGAAAGGGAGGUGUUAGAUUGGCCGUGGAGUCGCAACCCAGUGCCAAUGGUUCUGCUUAAAAAAAAGAGUAAUGUUCAUGAAAGUAAGGGGCCGUUUGAGUUUUUUUUUUCGCUGAUAGAUUUCUGCCUUCUUUCUAAACUGUCUAUGAACGAGAUGACCGUCAACGUUUGUUGGAACUUUAGUCACACAUUCACGGCUUUCUUCAACUUGGAUUUGUCUGCAAUGGUUUGCUCCUUCAUGUCCGAUUUAAAAGGAACAGGCCACCUUCUUUGCGCUGCACAUGAGUGAUAUAGCGAUAGAUAUGCCUUAUACAAUUGUAUGUAUUGUUAAAUAAACGCAUUGACUAGAGGAUAUGAUAGUGAGUAUACAUCAAUUGCAUAUCACAGCCAGUAUAAGACGAAAGACCAAACGAGUCAAUGUCUCUUCACUGAAUAGUUGCAGUCAAAUUAUGUAUC